AUGGAAGACUACAUUGGAAUAAGGCUGUUAUUUGAGACGUCCAAAGGAGUAAUAAGCGGGAUGCUUCGUGCCGUUGAUGAGAAUUCAGGGAAGCUGAUUAUUGAAGACAUGAAUGAAAUGAAGGAUGUUCUUAUCGAAGACAUUCAAAGGCUGGAGAUUGCCGAGGAAUCUUCUCCAAAUCUUUCUGUAGGACAUAACUCCAAAGAGGAAAAAAGGCUUGAAAACACGCCAUCUAUCGAUGUAGAUAGUAAAGGAAUGGCAGGAAAAGUCGUUUCUGGAAAGCACUUGGUAGGCUAUUCUUCGAGAAAGGAGAACCUUGACCUGGUAUCUGAGAAAUCUAAAAGCGGCCAAACAGACGAAAGCAGAACAAGCUAUGAGAAUGAUGAUAAUGUUCGAUCCUCUAGUAAAGUUGGAAGCGACAGAAGAAGAGAUGGUUAUAAUCUGGAAACCUCAGAAGAAGACUACUACCGAAUGAUGGGAAGGGCAUUUAGCUACUUUGGGCCUCUUGAAGAAGAGUUCUGUUCUAUUGCUGCACGUCAAACAUACAGAAUAUUCUCUACAUACUUCAAUAAUUCAAGUCUAAGGGUGGAGGUGUUUGUGGCAGGUGACGAUGUCUUUUCAAGUAUAGGGUUUAUACUUGGAAGGCUACUUCUACACACAGGGAAGAUGUCUUCUAUAAUAUGCAAUGAAAAUCUCUUGAGGAACACAAGGUAUAGACAGUCCUAUCUAAACUCGGGAGGAGUUAUUACCAACAGACCUGCCCCGGAGCCAAGCAUACACAUUUAUUCUUGCAAUAAAUCUUUAGUUCCCGCCUGGGCCAGGAACAACAUAAGAGGAUCGAUCUAUUUGGACAUGCCAGGGCACAACUCCGAGGAGAAAGAAACAAAAAUAGGUCUUUGUUUUGGGUCAAUACCAGCUUAUCAUCGAAGAUUCAACGGGAUAGUGUACUUUGUCGACAUAGAGUAUCCAGCUCCUCUUUAUGAAGAGUUCGGGCUUCAGAAGCCUACAAGAAGUAAGAUCCACAAGGUAAAGUAG